AUGUCAAGAAUACGAGGACUGGGUACGGAUAUACUUCAUGUGUCACGAAUUGAGAAGAUAUUCAAGCGCGGACCUGAGCCGUUCUCCAUUUCGAAACACGUAACGAAGCUCGCGGAAAGAGUCUUGAACCCACAUAAGGAACUGCCGGUAUUUCAAGACUAUCGAAACCAAAACACUGAUUCCGGAUUUCGAGAAUGUGUCAGGCUUUUUGCAACGAGUUGGGCUUCCAAGGAGGCAGUUUAUAAGUGUUUGGACCCUGCUGAACAGCGCAAGUUUAGUAUGGCUCAUUGGUAUAAGCAGAACGACCAACAUGGAAGGCCGUUCAUAAUUGGUCCGCAGUAUAGCAAAAUUCAUCCAAUGGACAAAUUUCUGCUCUCUGUUUCUCACGAUGCAGAUUUGGUGACAGCAACGGUGAUUAGGAGCGAAGAUGGCGACCCCAUCAGCGGUUUAUCAGAGGCCGGAAUACGACAGACUACGCCAUAG